AUGCGGACACAGAGAAACAGGAGAGGACGUUUAGAGCACUUCCUGUACUGUAAGCACUCCAGGCUCAAUCAUCUGAAACAGGAAGUUCAAAGGUAUGGGUUGGAGAACCAGUACAUCUUCAGUGGAGACAUCCCUCCGUACCCCCGACCCGAGUUCCACGUGAGCCGUGUCAAACACGACACGGAGCGACGGGGCUUAUGUUGCAUCAGGGUGGACGGCGGCUUCGGGGAUCCUCACAGGCAGGUCCUGGUGUGGUGGAGUCUGGCUGUGGGACCCGAGGAGAUCCAGGAGGCCGAGACGAGGCUGCUAGAGGAGACCCACCCAAACCGGACGGAGGAGCAGGCCGCGAGGCAGCGGAGCUUCCUGUGGAGGUUCGCCUCCUCUCCGGCCUUCGGCGAGAGGUCCAGGCUGGGCUCGUACCGCUUCACCUUCCCCCUGCAGGAGGUGCUGACCGCCUACAGCGAGCAGUUUUGCUCCGGAGCUCCGCCCAUCAUGAGGGUGUUCAAGACCUCGCUGUACAAACAGGAAGUGCAGUACUCUGUGCUGGUCCACAGCCCGGCCAAUCAGCUGCUCUUCUCAAGGUUUCCUUUGCUCCCUGAUGAUGACCCGGACGCCUUUGGCGUGUUUCCACUUUCCCAGCCUCUCAGUCGUGUGCGUUGUUCCCACAGUUACGAGCUGACCCACAGACCUGAUGGGAACCACGUGGAUGCUCAGCAGCUGAUUCGACGAGUGUUUUAUGUUUGGGACAAUGUCGCCGUCGCCCUGCACGUGGAGAACAGACGGGUGCUGACGUUUGACGCUGACCGCCUGAGACAGAACCUCAGGUUCUGUUGGCCGGAGGAAGUAACAGCCAGAAACGACGAGGAGGAUUUCGAUGAUUUCGAAGACGCUACAAACUUGGUUAAAUGCCUGUGGCCGGGCUGGCGCCUCCCCCUGGAGGAGGAGCGCUCGCUCCUGCAGCGUUACACAGUGUCCAACAUCAGACUGGUUCUUGUUGGGAGGCCUGGAGUGGGGAAGAGCUCCACUGGGAACGCCAUCCUAGGAAGGCUUGCCUUCAGUCCAGGCGAUCCAUCCUCAGGGACGUCAUCGUGCUGCUGGCAGAGCGAGUGGGUGUUCGGCCACCAGGUGACCGUAGCUGAGACUCCCGGUCUCUCGGAAACAUCAGACGAUGCCGUGAAGAGGGACAUCUCCACAUGUGUCAACAUGCUGAGGCCCCACGCCGUCCUGCUGGUCACCAGGGUGGGGUCCUCCACCGUGGAGGAUCUAGCCACCAUGAGGCAGGUGGAGGAGUUCUUUGGGAUGGACGUGUUGAGGUACACCAGGAUCCUCUGCACCUAUGCUAACUCGGCGGCUCCAGACAUCGAGAGACAGCGCCGGGCGGCAGGACCUGAGCUGCUUUUCAAAGUGGGCUACAGGUACCACGUCCUCAACAACAACCCGGACCACUGGGACGGUCAGCAGGUCUACGAUCUGGUGCAGGCCGUGGCGAGGAUGGUCAUGGCUAAAGGAGGGGAGGUCUACUCCAUCAGGAGCACCGUCUGAGUGCUGGGUGAUGUUGUAAUGUUGUUUACACUGUUUACCCUCAGGUGAUGGAGUGUGGCGUACGAUAAAUGCACCAGAACACCCAGCACAGCGACACCUGCUGGCCUUAGUGAGGAGGUCACCUCCCAGUUUAGCUUCCAUGAUGCAUCAUGGGAAGUCCCCCCCCAUACUGACGUCAGCAGGUUUGAAAAUGCAGUUUGUUUGUAGCCGACUGCGAAUGUUUAAACUGUGAAUAUUUAUUUUGUGCAACGAUCCAAAAGCCUUUUUAAAAAAUCCCAACAGUGCCGAUCUCACGAAGAUCAUUCAAGACACACAUGUGUCUGUGAGGGUUUGAAAAUGAAGGGAAGCCAAAACAGGAGAAAUCUGCUCUCUCUUUCUAGUCCCUGU